AUGCGAAGUCAUAAUUGCGACAAAACGAUCACAAAUGCGAACUGGGCCUCCCUCUGCAAUGAUCGCAAAUGGGACAGAAGGGCCGAAAAUGCGGACCCUGCUGGGCUCGCAAAUGCGAACAAAAAUGUGGCAAAUGCGACCACUGCCCCAGCCAGGCAUCAUCACAAAUGCGGUGGUUUCCUCACAAAUGCGAGGUAUCUUUUGGGUGAGAAAAGUAAUUUUUUAGAUGCUUUAUCAGAUUUUGAGCCUGUUCUCAAGUUGGUUCCUAGUAAUUCUGUGGAAGCUGUGAAAACAGAAACAGAUGAAUCUUGUCCUACAAAACCACCACCAUCUUCUGCCUCUGCUAAUCAGGUGGUUGUUCUUAGAGUUUCACUGCACUGUAAAGGAUGUGAAAGGAAGAUGAGGAAACAUAUAUCCAGAAUGCAAGGUGUGUACCUCUGCACUUUGUGA